CGUCCAACAUGCGGCUUUUGUGUAGUGUAUUAUUAUAAUAAAAACAAAUUUUGAUAUUUUUUAAUUAAUAAGUUGUUGUCAUUUGUAUAUUAAAACAUGUAUAGAAUACUAAAAUUUCGUAGCAUCAUUCACAAUAAAUCUUGUGGCAAUUCAUUCAAAAUUAAUUCACAAACAACAUCAAAAAUAUGUUCUUUUUGUUGUGAUUAUCAUUUAAAAAUACCAAAAACAAUUAACUACUUGUCACUUCGACAAAAAUCAACGACAAUAAACCCAGCUUUGUUACCAGUUUCUAAAGUAGUAAAAAAAAAACCUAUAAAAUAUACAGAUCUAGUAGAAGAAAAAAAUAGUAACAUAAGCAAUCGAAAAGCUCGAGUACGAAAUGUAACUGCAUCACAUUUUUCUCAACUUGUUAAUCAACCUGAUACAAAUCUAGGACAAAAAACAAAUUCAGCUAGUUACAGUUCAAGUUGUCAAGUAAAUUCAGAUAAUAUUGCUGAUAAUUCAACUAAAUUUUAUGAAAAAUCAUUAAUUGAUAAAGAUGAUCCAACAAAUUUUUUACUACAACAAGAUAAAUUUGAUCGUGGAACGAUCAUUGAAGACUUGCAAUCUUCUGGAGUUAAUGAUGUUGCAUCAGCAAUGACAUUUUAUAAUUCAAUAAAAGAAAAACAGGAUAAAUGUCUUGAAGAAGAUGAAUCUGAACACACAACAACUGAAACAACAACAACAACAACAACAUCGACAGCUCCAACAACAACAGAAACAAAAGAAACAACAGCAGCAGUAGAUAAAUCAGUCAAGUUAAAAACAACAAAACAACAACAACAAGAAAAUGAAAAAGAAAAAUAUAAAUUUAAACGUGGACAAUUACAAAUUGAAAGUCUUAAUCGUUCAUUAAAAGCAUAUUUACGUGUUUGUAUUAGCUCAGGAAUGUUUGGACGUGCUUAUCAUACAAUAAUGCAUUAUAGAAGAAAAGGAUAUUUAAAUAAAGAAUCAAAUAUAUUAAUUGAUACAUCAUUGUGGAAUGUUAUACUUCAACCAUAUGCAGCAAGUGGUAAUUUAACAAGAGUCAAAGAAUUUUGGCAAAUUUUAAAAAAAGAUAAACUUGAACCAACAGCUAAAACAUUUUCUGGUAUAUAUGAGUGUUAUAGUAAUGUUGAUAAUGAAAAUAUUGAACCAAAAUUUUUACAACAAGUUUAUUCUCAAAUGACAACAAUGGGAAUAACAUUUGAUGAUGUUUUAAAUGCUUCAAGAACACGACUUGAUCAAUAUAAUAAAGUAUUAAAGACAAUUCGUUUAUUAAUGCCUGACUUUAAACCAGCAUCAUUAUCAAAAAUUGAAUCUUAUAAUUGCAGUCUAUUAGAUAACAAUUUAUUUGAUUUUGAUAAUAUUAUAAAUAAUAAAAAAUGUAAUAAUAAAAAAUUAGAAGAAGAAAAAAUACGUGAUAAAUUUAGAGUACAAAUUGCAAAUGAAGUUGAAGGACAAGUUGUUAUUAAAAGUAUCGAAAAAUUUAAUAAUGAAGAUGAUACUGUUGUAUAUUUUAGAAAUGAAGUAUCAAAAUUAGAAAAAAAUUGGAAAAGUAUUGUCUUUGAAUCAUUUAUACGUAAUAUUAAAAAUUUAAAAAAUGAUGAACACUCACCAAUUGCAAGUUCAAUGGUUCUUUAUCCAUACCUGAGUGUUUUAUCACCACAAGAAUAUGUUAAUGCAGUUUUAUAUGAAGUUAAAAGAUUGGCCAUUGGAUCAGAAACAUUUAGUCCAACAUUGAGAUCAUUAUGGAGAGAUUUGGGUAAAUAUAUUAAUGAUAAAUAUGAAAUAUCUGAAAAGAAAAAACUUGGUUAUAAUAAAGCAUUGGAAUUAGUUUAUAUUGAUUGGUAUAAAAAUCGUAAUACAAAUGUUAAUAAUAGAAUAUCAUGGGAAUUAUCAGCAAAUAAAAAAUCACAUAAUUUUGAUCUUGAACUUGAAUCAAUACGUUGGCCAACAAAUGUACAUAUUAAUAUUGGACAAUUUCUUUAUAGAAUAAUUUUUGAUGAUCUUAAAAUUGAUGUUAAUUCAGUUAGACCAAAAUCAAAACAAACAAAUUAUCAACAGGCAUUUUUUGAAAUAAAUCGUUCAUGUGGAAUGAAACAUUCAUCAAAAGAAAUUAAACCACAUCCAGUUUUAUCAAAAAUAUAUCGUCAAUCAAAACCAGAAACAUUAAGUUUUCCAUCAUCAUUAAUACCAGUUGAGUGUCCAGCAAGACCUUGGACAUCAAUUUACAGUGGUGGUUAUCUUAUAUCAAGAAGUGAUGUUGUUAGAGUACCACAAUAUGCUAUGGAACAAUGGAAACGUCUUGAACAAUCAAAAAAUAAUCAAUUAUUACCAUCACUUGAUUCUUUAAAUCAACUUGCAUCAAUACCAUGGACAGUUAAUACAAAAAUACUUGAUAUACAAAUUAAAGUAUUUCAAGAUGGUGGAUCUGAUAAAUUAAAUGUACCACGACCACGUUCAUCAUUAUUACCUGUUGAAAGUAUUGAUAAAAAUGCAUCAAAUGAUGAACGUAAAAGUUAUUACAAAGCAACAUUAGAAUAUAGUCAAAAAAAAAAUGAAAUGUAUUCACUUUGGUGUGAUGCAUUAUAUCGUUUAUCACUUGCAAAUCAUUUUCGUAAUAAAAUAAUUUGGCUACCACAUAAUAUGGAUUUUCGUGGUAGAGUUUAUCCAAUACCACCACAUUUAAAUCAUUUAGGUUCUGAUUUAGCUCGUUCAAUAUUAAUAUUUGCUGAUGGUAAACCACUUGGUAAAAAUGGUCUUGAUUGGCUUAAAAUACAUUGUAUUAAUUUAACUGGUUUAAAAAAACGUGAAUCAAUUGCUAAUAGACUUGCAUAUGCAAAUGAAAUAAUUGAUACAAUAAUUGAUAGUGCAAAAAAUCCAUUAGAUGGAAAUAUGUGGUGGGUUAAAUCAGAUGAACCAUGGCAAACACUUGCUGCUUGUACUGAAAUUGAAGCUGCACUUAAAUCAUCAAAUCCAGAAAAUUAUAUUAGUCAUUUUCCAAUACAUCAAGAUGGUAGUUGUAAUGGAUUACAACAUUAUGCUGCACUUGGUAGAGAUCAAAUUGGUGCUGAAAAUGUUAAUUUACGUCCAAGUGAAGUACCUCAAGAUGUAUACAGUAGAGUUGCUACUAUGGUUGAUGAACUUAGAAAAAAAGAUGCUGAUAAUGGUUUAGAUACUGCACAAUUAUUAGAUGGUUAUGUUACAAGAAAAGUUAUUAAACAAACAGUCAUGACAACUGUAUAUGGUGUUACAAAAUUUGGUGCUAGAUUACAAAUUGCAAAACAACUUGAUAAUUUAGAUUUUCCAAAAGAAUACGUAUGGAAAGCAAGUUUAUAUCUUGCUGAAAAAACAUUUGAAAGUUUGCGAACAAUGUUUGAUAGUGCAAGACAAAUACAAGAUUGGUUUACUGAUUGUGCACAAAUGAUAUCAGAUAAAAAAAGAAAAAAUGUUGAAUGGACUACACCAUUGGGUUUACCAGUUGUACAACCAUACAGUAAAAAAGUACCAACUAAAAGUAAAAUGAUUGAAAUUGCUACUGAUAGCUGGGAAAGUCCAAAUAUAUCUAAACAAAAAAGUGCAUUUGCACCAAAUUUUAUUCAUUCAUUGGAUUCUUGUCAUAUGAUGCUUACAAGUUUACACUGUGAAAAAGCUGGAAUAACAUUUGUAUCUGUUCAUGAUUGUUACUGGACUCAUCCUUGCACUGUUGAAAUUAUGAAUAAAAUAUGUAGAGAACAAUUUGUAGCUCUUCAUUCUCAACCAAUUCUCGAAAAUCUUUCUCAAAGUUUUGUAAAUACUUAUUUGCCUAGUGAAACUCCAUCAAAUGAUGAUAAACAAAAUCAAAAUAAUAUGGAUCUUACAAAAAUAUUAAUGGAACGAAAAGCUUCAAGGGAAGACCAACUUCUUCAUGCUUUAUUAACAAAAAUACCGAAAAAGGGUCAUUUCAAUUUAAGUGAAGUGCUAAAAUCAACGUACUUUUUCAGUUAAUUAUAAUGUUUAUUAAUUUGUCGUCUGGAACUUUGAAUAAUGCUGUUGUAAUUCUGAUAAAAGGUAGUCAUUGAAAACAUCAGAAUUGAAAAAAUAUUUUUUAAAUUGAAAAAAUUAUUAUGUAACAUAUUGUAAAAUUUAUAUGAUUAUCUCGAUUAAAUUGAUUUUUAUUAAAUAUUAA